GGGGACCUUUUCUUGUGGGCAAAGCCAACUGUAAUGGAGAAGAAAUUGGUGUCUGGGAGUUGCAUGGGCUAUUUCAAAACUUGUUCCUCCCAUCGGUUGUUUGGCUGCAUCUGCUCAAAAGAAGACUCAGAUGGGUUGAGACAGAACGGUUUCCUGAGACAAAACUCUUUCCAUUCACAGAUUGUGAUUCCUAACACUAGUCCCAGACCCACUGUCUUUCGUCAGUUAUUCCGAUAGGGUGUUUCUGUUGCCGUUGUUAUUUUACAAGGGCUGUCUAUGCAACUAGAUGGUACAUCUUCCUAUAGCCAUGAUUUCUGUAGGCUUACUUUUUGCAAAGGAGUUUGCACCAUAACUCUUGCCGUUCUCUGCGUUGCAUUUGGGAUGCUGCUCAAACACAUCAGGAUCUUUACCAGUUGCGGCUUUAGAGGGGUAUAGUCAUCUUACUUCCACUGCUACCUAUUAUGUAUAUAUACAUAUAUUAUGCAUAUGUAUAUAUCUGGCAUUAAAGGUUUUCUAAUAAAGGGAGGCAAGGAAUGGAAGCUGGGUGUUUUGUGUUUGUGGCAAGCUGAGGGGCCUGACUCCAGCCCUUGCAACACAGAUGGGAGCUGGUGCCAACCACCCCCUUUGGACUCUCCAAAAAGGUACGUUAUUGCAAUUGUGUCCAUUUUACAACUGGGAAAAACUGAGGCUGUGUGUGUGUGUGUUUUGGAGGCUGUGAGACCCUUGAAAGUGGCUUUCCUAAGGCUCACAGCUCUACCUCAAAUCCUCCUGCACCCAUUGAGCCAUCUUUCCUCCCAAUGUGGGAGGAAAGAGAUGCUCCAUCAUCUUUCCCAAAACCAGGACUCAUCCAAUCCUUCCAUCAGGGCAGACAGCAAGCUUCUUCCAGAAGGAAAGGAACUGCUGCAGGAAUCUGGAAAGACGGAAGACGGCUGUGUGUGCAAUGUCCAAAAUGGGGUAAGGAUGAGUCUGUGUGAUCUUCUCCAUCCCUCUUCAUUUCUGCACAACUGCAUUAAUGCCCUGCAAGCAGCCGGGUUGCCAUGGCAACCCAGGGAUGGGAGGGGGAGGCUGGCAGGGUGGGAUGUGUGCCUUCUCCUUCUCCUCCUCCUCCUUUGCAGAAAGUGUUGCUUGGAUGGUCAGUUGCAAGAGCAGAUGGGAGCGAAGCAACAACAGGAUCAGCUCAGGCAGCAUCAGGCAAAGAAGUGUUGCAAAUCCACUUCCAACCUCUCUUUCUAAACCCACCUGAGAAAAUAAAAGAUGGCUCUCUCAUCUGGUCAAAUGGUAACAGAGGAUUACUAGCGAGGAAAUGGAAGACGAACCCAAAUGUGGGAGACUUUUUGAAGAAGGAAAACAGACCUGAGAAGGCCUUCUUCUGGAUGGCCUAAGAUGCCAUGUAGCUUUGAAAGAGAUGGAGCCAUGGACUGGAUGAGUGACCUUACAUGAAAAUGCAAAGACCAGAAACUUCAGCCUUCAAUAACCUUAUCUGCCAAGGGAAAUCAUGUGGAUAAGGAACAAAAAUUGACCAGAGCUUCAUGGAAGGAAACAAGCAGAUGAGAGAGCAGCUCACAAAAGCCAAGCCAACCAUUCACUAUGAUAGAAAUAAGGACCUGGCUUUGAGGGCUUCUUCAGGGAUUGAGGGCUCAACGUCCAAGAGGGACCCUACCAGGGAGAGCACCUCAGGAGAUGGUUUCUUCAAGAGGUGCCCAUUCUGGUGGAGAAAGGAAAGGGCUGCCAAGUCCCUUCAGGAAGAGGCAGUGCCCAAGAGCCGCCUGUGUAUGGAAACUGCUCACGAAAGCCCCAUCCCAGCUGUCAGAAAGCCAGCCCCAAGGGAAGAAACUUUGGGAUGGCUCCCAGGUGAGGAGUCUGCAGGAGCAAAGCCAGGGUCCUCCUUACUCAGGAAAUUGUUGUGCCUGAAGGUCAGUCCCUCUCGGAUGAAGGAACCACCCCACGGACUGGAGGCGUCUCCGCUUUACAGAGCAAGUAUGGGAUGCGGACCUGUUGCUGCCCUCAGCAGAACUGCAGACCCUCAAGGAGAGUCUCCAUUGAGGUGGAAGCCCAGAGCUGAAAGCCAUAGUCCAGCAGAAGCUACCUCCAAUGGUGCAGAAAUGGACAUGGCAGACACAACCGCUAAGCCAGAAGGAUCAUGGAUAACAAAGCCAUGGAGAACAUUCAGGACCGCGAUUACCUCCCGAGUCAAGAAGAGAUCCAUUCUCCCAGGGAUUGAGAGUAAUCAAGGGGCAACAGAAGAUGGGGAUCUUCACAUCCCCACCGAACAAGAAAGCUCCUCUAAUCCUAAGACGAACACAGCCUUUGGAGAACAUAUGACUAACAGGGCAGCUAUAGAGGACCAAAAGCCAUCAGCAGCAUUUCCAGCUAACGUGGAUAAUGCUCACAGCAUCCAGGAGAACAAAAGAAGCCAGAGAGUCUCAUGGCAUGGCAUGGAGAUCCACAGAACGGCAGAAGAUGACACACUGGGUCCUAACACGGAAGCCAAGGAGGAGAAGAGCACCUCUUUAACUCUUGAAGGUGGCCGAUGGGAACAGAAUCUAGUCCACAAGAAUGUUUCUGAAUGGGACAACCUCCAGAAACAAGUUUAUAACCUUCUUAGGGGAAAUGGGGCAGAGGUGGAAGAAACUGCAAGGGAAGAUGAAGACCUCGAACAAGGAAGGUGUGCUUACUGGGUGGAAGGACUGAUGGAAGAGGAGGAAGAUUUGGCCGAUCUUGCUGAGAAUCCAGGUGGGCAGGGCAUGCUGAUGGCAACGCGGGAUUUGCGCUGGUUGAGCAAUGAGUUACUGGGAGGCCCAAAAUCCUGGGAGAAGGAAAAGAAAGUGGCGAGAGAAAUUGAUCAAGCCCAGGACAGUGAAGGAAAGACCAUUACAGAAGACGCUAGUGAUGGUGACCAACGUAAUGGCAAGGUGCCGCUAGACCUAGCCACUGACAUGAGCCAUAUAACCAGUUUCCUGUUUCCGCCACCUUUCCCAGGAAGUGACCCAAGCCAUGUUGUGGAGUCACUCCACUACGAUACAUCUGGGACUGACACCCCAGAGGAAGAAGGAACCCUGUUUCCACAGGAUGGCCAGCCAUUAACCCCUCUGGAGUUCCCCCCCUCAUCCUUUUCAACCAAGAGCUUAGAGCAGGGUCUCCUAAGCCCACCACCAUUGAAGCCCUAUGAGAUGGUUGCUGAGGACAAUGAAAGAGAAGGACAACAAGGGCUGGCAAGUCCCACAAGGAAAAUGCUGCCGUUCACCCAGGAGAUGCACCAAGCCACAACGUGGCUGGAUGCCACAGCGCCUGGCGCUGAGGUGGACAAGCAGUUGAUCUACAUGGCAGCUGUGGAAAUUGUGGGUGCUACGAUCGAUGCGGUUGCAGUGCAUCUGGCAAAGAAAGAGGAGGAAGAGCAAACCGAGUCGGGGCUCAACAAACAAGCCCCCUGACGCCUCUAUUUUUGGAGAUGUGACACAUGGGCAACAUAGAUCUUUUUCGUAGGCUGUGACCUAGAUUUUCCUGCACCUCUCACCAGUCUCUCCACUUUGUUGCCCCAUUGCAAUGCAUCUGAAGAAUCCCUUUCUUUUAAAAAGCAUAUUUUAUUUAAUAGACUUCCCUGGAUGGAGUGGGGAUCAUGAGCAUUGUUUGAAAUCUCUGUAGUCAAUUCAAUCAAAGCUGUUCCUCAUUCAGAGGAAAUGCAGUGGUUAGAGAUCUCAUUUAAGGAGCAAAGGCAUGAAUGGCUCAGAAAAGCAAAGCAAAGACUUUUAUUCUAGGAAGAUUAGAAGGGUUCUGAUCUAAUUCAGGCUCAUUCAGCCAAGAAGAUAAACUGAUGGGACAAGGUGGAAGAAGAUCCCUAAGAAUAUCUGUUUAGACCACAAAAGGGUCUAUAUAGGUGGCUGAGAAGGGAUGUUGCGCUUCUAAUAACCAUAACCAGUUUGACACCAUUUUAAUUGCCAUAAGCUUCCCUUGGUCAGAAGAGCCAGGCAACAAGAAUGCAAAAGUUAUUAUGUACAGGUUGAGUCUUUAUCAGGCAUAUGUCUGUCUAUAGUGGUAUAGUCAUCACUGUUGGUCAAAAAGCCAUGCUUAAGUAUCUUAACUGAGCCAAAUCCUUAUAGAAAAAAAUAUCAAGGCGAUAUGGACUGAGUAAAACCACUUAAUUUAAGACAAGGCAUGUUAUUCACUGGCAGAAUUUCAGGAAAGGGAUCCAAACCAUUUUUUCCUAUUACGUGGCUGGUGAUAUAUCCCACCCUUGUGGCUGAAGCUGGCAUUGAACACUGGAACUUUUCAUGUCUGGGUUUUAUCAUUUAAUGUCUAUUUGCACACUCAUUCAGUUCUGGGUCACUGGAGAUGCGCCUAUUUUUAUUGCAAACAGAAUCAGGGGUUGGGAGCCUCAACAUCCUCAGAGGACUUUGCUGAGUUAGUUCUAGGCUGAAUUUUAGAACCGAUGGCAGGUUCUGAAAUUUGGCAAUGGAAACUACUUCACCCUGGAUUGAGCUAUUUUGUUCAUCUGAAUUGGCAAGCUUUGGCAGGGGGCAUCCAGGGGCCUUUUCUAUCCCGUGCGACCUGAUCCCUUUUGAACUUGAGCAGCUGGGAACAGACCUUUGGGAUCUUUUGCAGGUAAACAGACAUAACCAUACCUCAGUUAAGAAAGAAGUUGCUUUUUACAAAGUCUUUUUAUACCUGCCCAGCCCUCUCCUUCACUUCUUUAGCCUCUGCCAAGCUGGAAGUAUUUUUACUAGCAUCUGCAUUGGGAGGACAGGAAAGUUCAAUAUGGUUUUGUCAACUUUUUGCAUGGCUCUCCAGCCCUGGCUGUUUCAUUUCACAUGUGCAUAUUAUCUGUUUCGAAUAAAAAGUCUGCUCAAACGUG